UCGCCAUUUCCGCCAGCCUACAGUGUCUCCGCCCUUCCCGCCUCCCUUCUUCCGAGCGUCUUAAACACAGGCGUCGGGCCUACAGCUCUGGGGGUACUUAGGGGGGCGGGGGGCAGGUCUGAUGAGUAACCCCUCCCCCCAGGUCCCAGAGGGAGAAGCCUCCACAUCUGUCUGCCGGCCCAAGACUUCCAUGGCCUCCACUUCCCGCCGCCAACGCCGAGAGCGUCGCUUCCGUCGUUACUUGUCUGCAGGACGGCUGGUCCGGGCCCAAGCCCUCCUCCAGAGACACCCGGGCCUUGAUGUAGAUGCUGGGCAACCCCCACCACUGCACCGGGCCUGUGCCCGGCACGAUGCCCCUGCCCUGUGCCUGCUUCUUCGGCUUGGGGCUGACCCUGCCCACCAGGACCGCCACGGGGACACGGCGCUGCACGCUGCUGCCCGCCAGGGCCCUGAUGCCUACACGGACUUCUUCCUGCCACUGCUGAGUCGCUGCCCCUCUGCUAUGGGAAUAAAGAAUAAGGAUGGGGAGACCCCUGGGCAAAUUCUGGGCUGGGGGCCUCCCUGGGAUUCUGCUGAAGAAGAGGAAGAAGACGAGGCCUCUAAGGAGCGGGAAUGGAGGCAGAAGCUGCAGGGAGAACUGGAGGAUGAGUGGCAGGAGGUCAUCGGGAGGUUUGAAGAUGAUGCUUCCCAUGAGACCCAGGAACCCGAGUCCUUCUCAGCCUGGUCAGAUCGCCUGGCCCGGGAACAUGCCCAGAAGCAGCAGCAGCACGAGGCAGAGGGAGCCCGCCGACCCCCACGGGCUGAGGGCUCCAGUCACAACUGGCGACAGCAGGAGGAGGAGCAGCGGCUCUUCCGAGAGCGAGCCCGGGCCAAGGAGGAAGAACUGCGUGAGAGCCGAGCCAAGAGGGCACAGGAGGCUCGUGGGGACCGAGGGCCAGAGCCAGCCAGGGCUGGGCCCAGGGCAGAGCACCCAAGAGGAGCAGGGAGGGGCAGCCUUUGGCGCUUUGGCGAUGUGCCCUGGCCCUGCCCUGGGGGAGGGGACCCAGAGGCCAUGGCUGCAGCCCUGGUGGCCAGGGGCCCCCCCUUGGAGGAGCAGGGGGCUCUGAGGAGGUACUUGAGGGUCCAGCAGGUCCGCUGGCACCCUGACCGCUUCCUGCAGCGAUUCCGAAGCCAGAUUGAGACCUGGGAGCUGGGCCGCGUGAUGGGAGCUGUGACGGCCCUUUCUCAAGCCCUGAAUCGCCACGCGGAGGCCCUCAAGUGACCCCAGGGAAAGAGUGAGAAACUGCAGGGAGUGCAGCCUUAGAGGCAGGGCAGUAGUAAGGGGCAGGUCAGGGCGGGGGUGACGAGGAAGAGGCUGAUGCUGCCCCGCGCCGCGAAGGAUAUGGGGUGGGAGUGAAACUUGUAACGAGUGGGGGUGGGGAGGAUAUGGGCCACCGCCACUGCUCCUUGACUCCUCCAUUUCCUAAUAAGACCUGGUUCCACAUCUCACUCCCAGUGUCUCCUCUGCCUUUUUCCAUUGCUGUGGUUUUCAUCAUACGUGACAUCUCCUUUCCCACCCCGCCUGCCAAAACCCGC